ACAGCGACUUUGCUCUGGGCUUGUUCGCCCAUUUCAGUUUGCUUUCCAUUUCGGCCCCAAACACUCGAUUUUCUGUCCAGCUCCAGGCAAUAACUAACCCGAAAAGGGGAUAAAAAAGAAACCUGCCAACAGAAAAACUACACCAAGAUGUGCGGCGGCUGGGCCUGUGCCUCCUACCAAAUAGCCUGCUGCAAUCCGCGGCUCUCAACACUGCGCUACACCGGUCGCUGCUUCACGCCGACUCCCUGUGGUCCCUGCGACGACUGCUCGGCCUGCGGGGGUUGCUGCGGCGGAUGCUGCAACGGUUGCGGAUGGUAGACAGG